AUGGCCUACACCCGACGCGCCCACCGCCUCUGCAGGCCCGUGCUCCCCGGUUUCGCUUCGCCCGUCUCGCUUCGCGAAGAGGACCCGGGCGGCGCGAGCCUGGGCGACGUGACGACCGCGCACGCGGAGCAGUUCGCCGUCGACGCCUUCGUGCGCGAGGCGCUCGCCGGGGCGCUCGCCGCCCAGGCCGGCCUCGACGCGUCCGGCGUGGAGGUCGCGAUGCGGCUGCAGGGGCGGCCAGAGGCAGCGGGCGCGGUCCGCGGGGAGGUCCUCGUGAGCUACAGGAUCGGGGGCGAGAGCCUGCGCGGGCGCCAGGGCGUGGUCUCCGCUCUCUCCGGGCUGAGCCCCCCCGCCGUGGGGGAGGCGUUCGCCGCGCAGCUCGCGGAGGUCGCGCACAGCCAGCAGCUCCCCGGGCUCUUCGACGCCACCGUGGAGGCCGCCCCGGACCCGCGCCUGCGCGAGGUGCCCCCCGGCGCGCUGGAAGAGCCCGCGGCGCCCCUGCCCCUGGCGGGCGCUGGGCCUGGUGCGCAGCUGGCGCGGGCGGCGAGGGCGGCGGGCGCCAGCUUCUGCUGCAUGAUGGCGGCUGACGUCGAGGACACCUGCGGGACCUGCUUCCCCAUCGCCGCGGCGGCGGCGGGCAGCGAGUGCGGCGAGUCCCGGGCGAGCUGCCUGGCGUGCGGGGGUGGGGCCGCCUGGUGCGCGUCGGGCCACAGCGAGGCCGAGUUCCCGGGCCCGUCCGCGGGCUGGGGCGUCGUGGCGCCGGCCCUGGCGGUCGCCACCCUCGGCGCCGCCUGCGCCGCGGCGGUGCUCCUGCGCAGCAGGGCGGGGCGGCUGGCCGGUGGUGCCCAGGCCGCGAGGCCGGAGUUCCCGAAGCCGACCUCGAGCGUCCUGGCCGGGAUCGGCUCUCCCUCGCCGACGAGGCCCGCGGGGCCCGAUGGCUCGGGGCCGGCCCCGCCGCCGCUCGGUGUGCGCGCCAGGUCCGCCGCGCCGCCCGUGCGGGUGCUGGCGAUGGGCGGCAACUGCAUCGCGGGGGCGGGCCUCCCCGAGGCCGCCCUUGCGCUCGCGGAGGCCCGCCCGGGCGCCACGCUGGCGCUCGCAGGUGGCGAAUUGUUCCAGUCAGAUACGGGGCGACAUGUUCCAAGGGGCGACGUGCUCCAGAUCACGCAGGGGCGAAAUGCUCCAUUUAGAGACGGGGCGACAGCCUGCUUCGACGCAGAACUCGCGGCGCAGCUUCCACGAACCCUCGCGGCAGCAAUGCCGAUGAUGCUCCGCCUCGCCUCCUGGUGCGCCGCCAAGGCGCAGCGCCCGCUCCUCAACAGGCCCAGCGCCGACAUGACGGCGGCGGCGGCUAACUGGGGCGUCGUGUGCGACGGGGUAAGCGGAGUCGCGCCCCGCUUCAACCCUGAGGACCUCUCGUGGGACCUCCGGAACUGCCUCCGCUUCUUACUCCGCCAGCGGUUCCACUGGGCGGGCGACGAGCAAGAGUUCGACGCCCAGGUGGCCCGCGAGAUCGGCGGCGACGUGCGGAGCAUGGCCGCGGGCGCUCCUGCGGUAUGGCGCAAGUCGGCUCUGACGGGAAGCUACACGCGGCUAUUUAUCACCGGGGGCCACCACGUCCGCAUCGCCGCGGCUUCAGGCGAGGUGAUCGGUCCGAAGCAGGUCGCGUUUUUGCUUGGCGUGGCCAGGGUUGGCGUUGAUCUGGAGCGCGCCGCGGCGCAGGCCGACUGCGGCGCCGUCAAUUUGAACCCGAGAGACAUCAUCAUCUGCUGCUCCGACGGCAUCGUUGAUAACGUGCCUUACGAGAGCUUCAAGGUCAUACUCACAGGCACCGAUGAUGAUGUUCACGCCGCGGCCGACCAGAUGGUCAAGUGCGCGCAGCUGCACGGCGCGCCCAAGCCCGACGACAUCUCGAUCGUGAUCGGCGUCGUCGGGUGCGCGUGGGGCCUCGGUCAUGCUCUGAGGAGAGGGGCGCCGUCCUGGCCGGCCGCCGCGGCGCUGGUCGGGGCCACUCGGAGUCGGCGCGUGCCGGCCAGCGCGGGGGGCACGCUGAAGCGGCAGAGCCCGAACGGGACGUGCGGGAAGGAUCAAAGGGCGUCGGCCGCGGGGAUCGCGGAAGGCCACGUGUGCCUCGUGGGAUUUCGCUUUGUGCAGUACAAUUGGUGCGCCGGGCGUGGCCUGGGCGGCGAGGUGAGCUCGCUCCGCCGCACCAAGAGGGAGGCACAGGGCCGGCUGCAGGCAGCGGACCUCACAGAGAGCUGCCCGACGUCUUCGGCGCCUCGCCGUGCCAAGUUUUCGUGGAGCGUGGGCCCAAGACUCCACGACGUGAGCGUCGGACGCAGCUGGGCCUCGCGCCUCUCCCUGCGCUGCCCCCGGGGCGCGAUGUCCCAGCGCCGCGCGGUGCCGAUGCCGAGAGUGCCCCUGGAGGAGGCGGAAUCUGGAGCCUCUCUCCACGGUGCUUCCUCCAUCGAGCGACAGCGGACACCGGACCCACCCUCAUUUUCCAAGGCGCACGGGCCUGGCAUCCCCGCGCUCGAGGCCGGCUGCAGCCCGAACAUCCCCCUGCCGGACUUCCACGGUAAGCUGCGCCAGGCGCCAGCGGCUCCUCAGCCCGAUGACGAGGAGGAGCCUCGGACGGCGCGCGAGGACGCCGCGCGCGAGAAGUUCUACUACCAGUUCCCAGAGGAGUCGGAGCCUCCAGAGGCAUGCACCGUCAACCUGAGCGCCGCGCUGCCUUUCGGGAUGCAGAGGCAGCGCACGCCCACCGGCAGCUUCGGGGGCCUCUUCGACCCGCCCCUGGCGGCUGGCUGGAGCGACUGCGCGAAGGACUUCCGCGGGGAGCUGCGGAAGAGCGCCGCGGGAGACCAGGUGGUGUCGAUCGGCACCCUCGGGCACCCGCACUCCUGCAGCGAGCCAUGCAAGCACCGCAAGCGCAAGACCGGCUGCCUCCUGGGCGCGAGCUGCCCAAGAUGCCACCUGUGCCACUGGCGGUCGGAGCGUGCCCUGGCGGCGCUGGAGCAGCGGCCAGCGGCGCUUGCGCCGGCAAGGGCGCAGGCGCCGCCGCAGCCCCCCUGGGAGAUGGCGCUCCCGGCGCCGCCGCAGGCUGCCCGCGAGGCCCCCCGCCUGGUGGAGCCGGCGCGCAAGGACCAGCCGGCCUACGUGACCCUCUGCGCGUCCUUCGGCGAGCGGCCCGGGCCGCCCUGCGGCGCCGAGGCGGCGCCGCUCGCCGAGCUGCACAGCGAGGGGCCGCCGGGCGCCGUCGGGGGCGGCGCCGCGGGGUACCCCUCGGUGGGGUCCGUGGGUCACCCAGUGGCGUGCCAGUGGCCGUGCAAGUACGCCAGCAAGUCGCGGGGGUGCAAGGUGGGGCCUAGCUGCACCCGGUGCCACCUGUGCCGCUGGACUCGUUCGGUGGAGCACGCCAAGCAGAUCCUGGAUGUGUCGGGACAGGCCCGGCGCGGGCUGCCCGGGCCCUCCUGCGCCUGAACCGCUCGUGGCUCCGAGAUGGUGGAGCCAUCCGGGCCGCACUGGCGACGAUCGGAGCCCCUUUGCAGAUGGCAGUGGAGCUGCAUGACGAUGAGCCCUGGUCAUGAAGGGCACGUGUCAUAAAUGUACGGCUGCAGUUCGGCUUCUUGCGCUGUUACGCGCAAAUUCAUGGCAAAUUCAGUGGGUGCAACAGGGAGCAGUCUGGCCAGUAUUCACGCGUUCUUGACGUUUAGAGCGUGUCCUCCUCCUCCUUACUCAUCCGCUCUCCUCCGUGUCUACAGGCAUGACCUCCCGCUGGCCCCUUUUAAGCCAUGGACGCCUGACGAGCGUGGCGGCUCGAAGCCCUGCGCUCGCACCUUGCCGGCGCUCGCUCGGUGGGUCUUGCCGCGGCGUGCGCGGCACUCUGUGGGUCGGCGGCGCGCCGAGGGGGGGAGCGAGAGGGGUCAGGGCCCUCUCAGAAGGCGUGCUGGGGCUUCUCGGAGGCCCCUCGGGCCCCGGGGUUUGUCGGAAGGCCUGCUGCGGAGGCGUGGCCCCUCUGCCUUCCCCCCAGGGCGCGCGGCCGGGUGAGCUCCUGGAGGGUCCCAGCAGAACGCAGUUUUAAAUUUUUGAACAGCCACGGACCGCGUGCGUCUUUGGGUGCUGUCCAGUCGUGUCAGCACCGCCGCGGAACGCCUGAUGCUGACACAGUCUUGUUCCUCCUGGCUGGGAGUUUACAAGGGAGCCCGUCUGGCUUCAUCUUGAAAGGCUUCCUCUUCAGUGUGUGUGUGUGUGUUCAUGUGUGUGUGUGUGUGUGUCCUCCUUCCAUCCUCCCUCCUCCCCUGCGCCCUCCCAUU